AUGUCGUGGUUCCAGAAGACAUUCACGCUGCCCGCCAAAUCGCGGGGUUCGUACUUGAUCACCGACCAAGUGGUGUCAUCGCUGCCAGAACUCAAGGAGUACAAGGUCGGCAUUCUCCAUCUCUUCGUCCAGCAUACAUCGUGUGCGCUGUCGCUGAACGAGAAUUGGGAUUCGGAUGUGCGCGAGGAUAUGAGCGAUGCGCUCGAUCGAAUUGCGCCGGAGGAUCGCAAGGGAACCCUGUAUAGGCAUUCCGCCGAAGGGCUCGAUGAUAUGCCGGCACAUAUUAAAUCUGCAUUGGUUGGUGCAAGUGUUACUAUCCCUAUCACAGACGGAAAGUUGAACACGGGGACAUGGCAAGGGAUUUGGUAUCUAGAAUUUCGAGCAGCGAAACACUUGAGGAAAGUCGUGGCAACAAUUCAAGGAGAGAAGAAAUAG